UGUUGGUACAAUAAAAGCAAGCAGGCAAAGCAAUGUCAGUUGUACCUCAGCGGGCCCCAGUUAGGAGAGCUGAUGAUGCCGUUUGCGGCACACCUAGCCGACAAAGGUUGGCCCACCACCCACCUUUCACCAAACCUCUCUUUUUCCUCUGUUUUUCCCCUAAAUCGAAACGAAAACAAGCAUAAAAGCAUGGCAAAAAAGAGCCCAUCCAAUUCCUCCUCCUUUUUUCCAGCUGAAAAUUGACUAAAAAUUGAAUCUUUUUUUUAUGCGAGAGACGCUUCAUCUGGCCUGCGGCGGCGUAAUUUCCGGCGGGUUGAUGUCGAAUUUGACGAGGGAGGAUAACGGUAUGGUGAUUUCGUCCGAGGAUUCGUCUUCGUACCCGGAUGAGCUGGAGUUGGGUCUUGGGUUGGGCCUCGGCGGAAGAAGGGUUAGUAUCAAUCCGCCGGAGCCGGCGGCCGGUGGCGGUGGUGGGUGGGAUCAGUACGCGAGGAUUUUGACAGCGAAGGAUUUUCCUCCUCCGGCGGGCUCUGCUAAAACUGCGUCCUCGUCCUCAUCGACUUCCUCCUCGUCCGUGACGAAAGCUAAUGUUAAUAAUAAUGGCGCUUGUGGCACGAAAAGAACUGCCGAAUCGCCUUCUUCGCCUCCGGGCCGUCCGGCAAUUAGUCAGGUAGUUGGAUGGCCUCCUGUCAGAACCUACCGAUUGAACAGCUUAGCCAACCAAUCAAAAUCACCGGUUACUGAGGACUUCUUCUCGGCUGCUGAUAAAUGUACCAGCAAAAAUCCAUUAUCAGACAAGGCUAAUCAAGGAGGCACCACAAACUAUAACAAUGAAAAGGAAAAGGGACCUCGUAAAAAAUCUUUGUUUGUGAAGGUGAACAUGGACGGUAUCGCAAUCGGUAGAAAGCUUGAUCUGAGUGCUCAUAAUAGCUAUGAGACUUUAGCUCGUGCGCUCGAUGACAUGUUUAAACCCCGUGCAGCUUUUGGGGCAAGACGAUUGAAUGUUGAAGAGCAAGUUUUUUCUGGCACAAGACAACCUUUGCAGUUGCUGGAUAGUUCAUCUGACUUUGUGCUCACAUAUGAAGAUAAAGAUGGAGACUGGAUGCUUGUUGGUGAUGUUCCCUGGGAGAUGUUUUUAAACUCGGUGAGGAGACUACGAAUCAUGAGGACGACGGAGGUUAAUGGACUUGGUACGCAUGUUUCUGCUUUUAUGAAUAACCUCCUGAAUAAAAGUAUUUGCUCCAGGAUCCAACAGAAGGAGCAGGAAGCCAAUAACAGCUCCAAUAUAGAAUUCAUGUUCAUGCUUGAAGAAACUUCUUCCUACAAUCACAAAACGAUAAAUAAUAGACGCCAUAUAUCUUCUGCAAAGAAUAUUAUUUAAGCAAAUACCAAUUUCUGGUACUGUUUGCUUGAAUCUGCUUUGUUUUUGGUCGUUUUUCACAUUUUAUCACAAAUACUACAAUUCAAAACAAUAUCCUGUCUGAGGGAGUGUGCUUACAUCUGGACGAUGCAAAUGCA